AUGUCUUCUAUCUCACAAAACGAUUUAUCUAACUUGGAUGAUGGUUCCAAGAAAGAAAUCAUGACCUUUUUAGAAUCCGAGAAUUCCAAGCAAAAAGUACAGAUGUCUAUUCAUCAGUUCACCAAUCUUUGUUUCAAAAACUGUAUUAGCAACGUUCAAAAUGCUGAUUUGUCUUCUCAAGAAGAACAAUGCCUAAACAACUGUGUUAACAGAUUUUUGGACACAAAUAUCAGAAUUGUUAAGGGUUUGCAAUCUAUUCAAUAA